CUAGUUUCACUACCCUCCUCUCACCCUUCUCACCAAAUAAGGUUUCACCUUCUCCAUCCAUCAGCCUCGCCGAGGCCACAACAUUCGUAGGAGGGAGGGGAAAACAUUCGGCCAUGGCCUCGCUCCGCAUCCUUCCGGCGAUGACCCUCACCAUCCUCUUCUACAUCCUCUUCUACGUCGUGGCCGACACCGCCGUCGCCACCGACGCUCCCGACUACCUCGUCCAGGGCCGCGUCUACUGCGACACGUGCCGCGCCGGGUUCGAGACCAAUGUCACCGAGUACAUCAAGGGUGCCAAGGUCAGGCUGGAGUGCAAGCACUUCGGCACUGGCAAUGUCGAGCGCAGCGUCGAAGGAGUGACUGACGAGACCGGCACGUACAAAAUUGAACUCAAGGACAGCCACGUGGAGGACAUCUGCGAGGUCGUCCUCGUCGAGAGCCCCCUCGCAAACUGUGCCGAGGUCCAGGCGACCAGGGACCGUGCCCGCGUUGUGCUCACCAGAGACGAUGGCAUCUGCGACAACCUGCGCCCUGCCAACCCGCUCGGCUACUUCAAGGACGUGCCGCUGCCCGUCUGCAGCGAGCUGCUCAAGCAAUUCGACUUGGCUGACGAUGACGAGUAAGAGUAAGGCGACGAUCCACAAACUAUAAUCAAUUUCCUGGCCUGCAAGUAGCAUGGAUGUGUCAGCAAAGUACAGAGUGCACGCUUAGCAAUAUCCGAAAACAUGAAAACUGUAAGUUUGCUGUCUAUCUAAUGUUACUCACAGCCUUGUGAGUUGGGACUAACCAGAUUUUGAGUGCUGCA